CGGAACGGAACUGACUCCAGUCUGCUUUCGGUUUGGCCAUCGCGAAUGCCAGCGUGCCGAGCUCAGUGAGAGCGUGGCGUUCACGACGUGCGCUUCGUUGACCGCCGAUCACGCGGUCGUCGUCCUCGUCAUCCCGGAUAAAGUUUCCGGCGACCAGAGCGGAUCGCACAAUUCACGCCGUCCUAUAUAUUAUAGCUCAAUCGUGUUAAAUUAGAACGAAAAAAGAUCGACGAAGGAGUACGCACGCGCGCGCACGCGCGCGCGGAGACCAGGAUUUUACGACGAGUGGAUCGAUUCAGAAUAUUGCAUGUGAUCGCGAUCGGAAGGAAUGAGUCCAAAUAAUUCGGCGGACCCACGAAAGAGAAGCUCGAUGUUCAAAAAGAGCCUGCGCAGUCGGUGAACUCUGACCGAGACCACGAGCACGGGUGCGUGACUGCAAGGAUGCGCGCACGCAGGAGACGGUGCGUGAUGUCCCGGUGACGACGACGGCCGCGAUCACGACCACAUUACGCACGCACGCACGCACGCACUCUCGCACGCGAGCUCGUACGCACGUAUCUACACGAGAGAGAAAGAGAGAGAUAAGGGAUACAGAGAGAGAGAGAGAGAGAGAAGAGAGAGAGAGAGACAGAAAGAAAAAUCACAGGCAGCUGCCGAUGCCACAAUGAAGCUGGGCCCGAUUAUCCUGUCGUGGGCCACGGCCACGGUCGGCUGGCUGGGCUCGUCGGCGACGGCGAUGGCCCGGACCUCGCGCUCCCGAGACUACGAGCUCUCGACGGAAUUCUUCCUGGUGCCGUCCGAGAUCGGACACGGCCUGGCAAGCGUGGCGAGCGUCAUCAGCGUGCCGGCACCGAAUCGGACGAUCACCGUCUUCAGGGCGCCGCCGGGCGUCAGAAAGAGCCAGGAAGUGGAGAUGCGACCGACUCCGAAGUCCCUGCUGAAGCAACGGCCCUGGGCGCUGCCACUCGCCGCGCUCAGCGCGGCGGCGAUGCUCCUCAUGGCCAGCUUUGAGGUCUUCGUGUUGUUCAAGGCUAGAGUAACGGCACCGAACAGACGACACUUGUUUCUGGGCCAGGCAUUGCUUCUGGGUCUCUUCCUCCUGGCGGGUCUUUCGGCCGCAGCCUCCCUCAGUCAAAACCCUCUGUCCUGCGCCGCUUUCCGAUUAGUGGGUCUGCCAGCCGCCCUUGUGUUCGCCGCUUUAUUGGUCAAAUGCGUCUUCCUGCUCUCAUUGAACAGCGGCGUGUAUCUGCCAGCACCCUAUCAGGCGCUGGUGCUGGUGUUCGCGGUGUUGGUGCAGGUGGCCAUUGUCGGGCAAUGGUUUUACGGCGAACCACCUGCGGUGAUUCAGGUGCAGCAGCAGCAGCAGCAACAGCAGCAGCAGCAGCAGCAGCAGCAGCAACAACAACAGCAAGCGGCGGGCCAAAGCUCGUCGACGUCCAUCACCUCCUGUAGGACCCCGCUCGGACAGAUAGUGGCUUCCCUCGGGUAUCCCGGAGCGCUGUUGGUAGCAGUGGCAUGUUUAGCGGUCCGUGCGCGGGGCGUCCGGGACAAUAAUCGGGAAGCGGCCUUCAUCGGGCUGGCGGUCGGCCUCUCGUUGCCGAUCUGGAUCUCCAGCGGGAUCGGCACGCUCGCGGCCGGCAGCGAGGGCGACCGAGAAGCCUGGCUGGCCUACGGCUUACUUGCCACGUCGCUCUUCGUCUUCCUCACGAUGUUCCUGCCAAAGGGACGCCAACUGGCCGCCCUGGGUCGCGAAGGGCCCGCCGCGGUCAUUCGCGAUCGCGACGACGCCCUCAGUUCUCUCCCCGGCAGCGGCUACUCGCCCUCCUUCUUUCACUUCAAGCCUGCGGAGGCCUCCUUGAAGAGGAAGAUGCAUUACCACAGUGCCGAUCGAGUCGCACUGGUCUCGUCCGGGAUACCCGGAUGCAGCGCCUGCAGGCACGGAGGAAGUCCCAUAUACUCGGACGAUGUGCACGGGCCGAUGGAGACGUUCGUUUUGCCACCCGGUAUGUACUUGAGGCCGGAGGACGCCGGGAAUCUCUACACGACCUUGUCGGCCAACCCCAACGUGUUCUUCCAAAGGGCCGCUCAUCCCGGAAUGAUGUACUGAUAAAGCGUGGAAUUUUAUCGCCGAUGACAGCAAGGCUCACUUCACGCGCGUUGCGUCGCACCUUGGAAUCUUAGAUUACGGACGAGCGCGACAAAACGAUUGUUGAUCUCUCGUUAUUGUAAAUAAUCGUCGUUAUCAGACGAGUGUCGAGUGGACUCUGUGUACUUUGUAAUUUGGAUGACUACCGCGCGAGAAUGUAUCUCUCAGAGAGACGAAU